CUUCCCUCCUUCUUCUUCUUCUCUAUCUCUCUCUUCUCAACUACCCUUCUCUGCUUCUUUCUUCUUCUUCUGUUCCCAAAGUCGGAAACUUUACUUGGCGGGUUCGUUGAAAUUUGCAACAUGACAAUGGAAGACACAACAUUUACCAAAGUGUUCGUUGGUGGAUUAGCUUGGGAAACACACAAAGUCUCUCUCAGGAAUUACUUUGAACAGUUUGGGGACAUUGUUGAAGCUGUUGUCAUCACUGAUAAAUCUAGUGGCAGAUCUAAAGGCUACGGCUUUGUGACUUUUUGUGAUCCGGAAGCAGCUCAAAAAGCUUGUGUUGAUCCAGCUCCUGUUAUUGAUGGGAGAAGAGCUAAUUGUAAUCUUGCGGCUUUUGGUGUUCAGAGAUCUAAACCUUCUUCUCCUAUUCAUGGACAUGCAGGACCAAGAGGAAUGAAGGUCACUAGCCCUUUCAAGACACACUUUGGAGCGGCGGCCCCUGCUAUGCCUUCGCCACUUCCAUUCUCCCACUACACACUUCCUUACACUAAUCCUUUUGGGUUCUCUUCAUACUCAAUGGACUACAAUUACCCCACGAGCUACUACAAUGUCUAUGGAGGGGCAACUGCUCAGCAUCCAAUGUAUGGUAGUGGACCAAUGACUGGUGUAGCACCAGCAGCAGCAGGGUUUUAUCCAUAUCUCCAAUUUGCUGAAGGAAAUGGACCCGUCACUGGUUAUGCCCCUGUCCACUACCCCAACCACAUGUUUCACUAUUCUGCUCUUGCCUCAUCGACCGGGGGAAACUAUCCACACCACAAUGGUUCACCAGUGUCUCUUGCACCUUCACCAGUCAUACCAUCAGUGUGCUUUGCAGUUCCACAGGCUUGACCACGAAGGCUCAUGGUUCAACUCAGCUUCCAUUGAUACUAUGUAGAGGCCAGUUCAUUUAAAUCCUUAAGGCAAGCUUUAUUUACUACUUUCAUCCGCAUGCCUCGAAGUUCCACAAGACCUGUGGCCUAACCAUGGUUGCCCAUUUCCCUUUGUGCUUCUAACCCAUUAGGCAAAGAUCCCAGAAUUUGGAGUUUUGGCAUCUUUGCAAGUUCUAGUUAAGUCUCACAUAGGGGUUUAACUUGGACCAUUCUCAUACGCAUUACUCAUUUUUUCAUUUUUCUCAUUGCAUUACGUGCUUCUGAACGAAGGUUUCGUUCGGGCUAUAGAAGUAAAAAGUUACCAUGUCUUGCAAAGUGCCCCAGAAAGGCAAGCAAUUUUGUAGAAAAACUUAAAAAUCUUAGGAUUGGCUGAUCAACAAGAAAGGAAAUAAGGAUUUCCCGGGAAAGGUACAAGAAGUGAAUUGCCACCACCUGGAAGUGUUUGAAGUAGUGUGUGCAAAGGUGUUCCCACUACUUCUCACAAAAUCCAAUUUUAAUGUGCAGUCUUAGGAUUAUUAGAUCUAGGACCAUGUUGUUACAAAGUCUUAUCGUAGAUAGCUAGAACAUAAAUUCUCUGACAUCAAGAAAGGCUAAUGGAAACAGCCUUAUAAACUUCCUUUGAGGAUAAAGGAAGUAGUGGUGUUUGCUAACCCAUGUAUAUUUUCUGUGGCUAAGCAUUGGGAGUUAUAGCCACACUUAGAUUAAGAUCAUUUUAAGAUUCAAGAUUUUAGAUUACUACUCAUCAUAUCUUCAACCAACCCCACUGAUGGAUUGUGGGGUUCUUGCAUUUGCAUGUUUUGCCUCUUGGGAGAUAUUUUGGUUCCCUCUAGGUUCUUCUUAUAACAUCAACCAAACCAGUUGACCAACCAUGGUUAGGAUUUCAGGUGAGAGGUAUUUAUCACCUCUUUAUCUCUCCUUUACUUAUUCCCUCUGUUUCUUCAAGACAAAAACUCUCCAAACUCUCUUAUGUAUUUGUUAUUAUCUUGUAAGUUGUGUGAUUCUGAUUCUAUGUAAGAAAACAAAUCCUUCAUUCUCUAUCCUCGGUGGUUGGAAAAUGAAAAAUGUGUGUGCAAUAUUUUACUUUGAUCUAAUAUAAAAAAAAAAACCACUCUUUAUGAGUUAUAUAA